UUUUCACUGGUACUAUUCUCAGGUUUCUUUACCCUCACGCAGUGUGUCCCUCAGUAUGUCUUUGUGAAUGAAUCCAAGACUUGGGCAGAAGCUCAGAGAUACUGUAGGGAGAAAUACACUGAUCUGGCCACCAUUGAAAAUAGUCAACAGACGGCCCAGUUGAUUGACAAAGUGAAUGAUGAUUCCAUUGAUUUGGCUUGGAUUGGACUCCUUGAUGAUCUGAGCACUUGGAAAUGGACUCUAGAGGACAGUGGUUUCUUCAAGGAGGGAGAAAAAAACUUCAGGAACUGGUAUAACCCAGGACCAAGUGAUAAUGAAGAUGAGUGUGUGUAUAUGGUCAAAGGGAUAUGGAACAAAGCAGUCUGUGUCAAUACAUAUUCUCCUACUGUUUGCUAUGAUGGAAGAGAAAACGCCAGUGAUACUUAUGUGAUCAUUAACCAGCACAAAGACUGGACUGAAGCUCAGAGUUACUGCAGAGAACAUCACACAGACCUUGUCAGUAUCAGGAAUGAGACUGAACAACAGAAGAUUCAGUAUUUAUUACGGAAUUAUCAUGAUAACAGUGUUUGGAUUGGACUGUACAAAACUAGAUCUUGGUCAGAUCACAGCAACUCUUCAUUCAGAAUCUGGAGCAACGGACAGCCAGAUAAAGCAGGAUCCUGCGCUGUAGUCUCAUUCAGUGACUCUGGGAGAUGGACAGAUGAAAACUGCGAUUAUGCUUUUCCUUUCUUUUGCCACAGUGCAUUGGCAUCAUUCCACCAGUAUUAUUUUGUGAAUGAGUCUAAGACCUGGACUGAAGCUCAGAGAUACUGCAGACAGAAUUACACUGAUCUGGCCACCAUUGAUAACAUGGAGGAAAUGAACAGGUUGAUUAACACAGUUAAUGGGAGUUACAGUGGCUCAGCCUGGAUUGGUCUGUAUGAUGAUGUGAACAACUGGAGAUGGUCAUUGGAGGAUAAUGACUUUUAUCAGGAGGGAGAGAGAGAUUUCAGAAACUUUAUUCAUGAACCAAACAACACUGGGGGGAACCAGCUGUGUGUUUACAUGGAGAAUGGAAACUGGUUUGAUGCGCCAUGUGAUUACACACUGCCAUUUGUUUGCUACGAUGGUAGAGAGAAUGCCACAGAGACUUACAUCAGAAUCAGUGAUGAGAAAACCUGGUCAGAGGCUCGUAGAUACUGCAGAGAUCAUUACACAGAUCUCGCCAAUGUGAGAAAUCAGACAGAGAACCAGAGGAUCCUUGAGAUGGCACAGGGAUAUGCCUGGAUUGGACUGUACAGAAACAGGGUUUGGUCAAACAAUCAGAUGACCAGUUAUCAAAACUGGAGGCCGCAAAUUGAAGAGUUACAGGCGCAACCAGAUAAUGGAUAUAAACAACCUUAUGAAUAUCCAUAUCAGCACUGCACUGCAGUAUCAUUCAAAUAUUCAGGCCGAUGGAUGGAUGAGGUCUGUGAAUCCAGCAUGCCUUUCUUCUGUUACAGCAGAACCUGCACACAAUCUUCAUGUACCCGCCAGUAUCACUUUGUAUCUGAGUCUAAGACCUGGACUGAAGCUCAGAGAUACUGCAGACAGAAUUACACUGAUCUGGCCACCGUUGAUAACCUGGAGGAAAUGAAAAGACUCAUUAAAACAGUACUUGGCACUUACUAUGGCUCAGCUUGGAUCGGUCUGUAUGAAGAUCUGAACAGGUGGAAAUGGUCUCUGGAGAAUGCAACAUUAGAGAAAGGUUUUAAAAGCUGGUAUGUCCAGCAACCAGUGAACUCAGGUGGACAGAGUCUGUGUGUGUACAUGAAACAAAAAGAGGGAACAUGGAGUGAAAAGUCUUGCUACCAAUAUCCACGUCCAUUUGUUUGCUAUGAUGGAAGAGUGAAUGCUAGUAAGAGUUAUGUGCCUGUUUUCACGCCCAAAACCUGGACUGAAGCUCAGAGUUACUGCAGAGAACAUCACACAGACCUCAUCAGUAUCAGAAAUAUGACUGAAAACUACAAUAUUCAGGUAUUACUUUUAAACAAUUAUGAUGUUUGGAUUGGACUGUACAGAACCAGAUCUUGGUCAGAUCAGAGCAACUCUUCAUUCAGUAACUGGAUGACAGGACAGCCAGAUAAUGCUGGAAACAGUGAAUACUGCACUGCAGUGUCAUUUAGUGACUCUGGGAGCUGGACAGAUGAAAACUGUAAUAAUGCAUUACCUUUCAUUUGCUACAGCGCAUUAGCAUCAUCCCGGGAGUAUCACUUUGUGAAUGAGUCUAAGACCUGGACUGAAGCUCAGAGAUACUGCAGACAGAAUUACACUGAUCUGGCCACCAUUGAUAACAUGGAGGAAAUGAACAGGUCGAUUAACACAGUUAAUGGGAGUUACAACGGCUCAGCCUGGAUUGGUCUUUAUGAUGAUGUGAACAACUGGAGAUGGUCAUUGGAGGAUAAUGACUUUUAUCAGGAUGGAGAGAGAGAUUUCAGAAACUUUUAUCAUGAACCAAACAACAUUGAGGGGAAUCAGCUGUGUGUUUACAUGGAGAAUAAUGGAAACUGGUAUGAUGCGUCAUGUGAACAUUUGUACUCAUUUGUCUGUUAUGAUGGUAGAGAAAAUGCCUCUCAGAAGUAUGUUUUGGUAUUUGAGAGAAGGACCUGGCCUGAAGCUCAGAGAUACUGCAGAGAGAUGUACACAGACCUGGCCAGCGUGAGAGAUGAGACAGAGCGCCAACAGAUACUGAGCAUUAUACGUGGUGGUUAUACUGUAUGGAUUGGUCUGCAUAGAAACAGACUGUGGUCAGAUCAGAGCAGCUCUUCCUUCACAUAUUGGCUGCCAUAUACUCAACAUUAUGCUGCACAACCAGAUAAUGGUGAAUAUGUCCCAGGAGAGCACGGAUAUCAACACUGCACAGCUGUGUCUAUAAAAUACUUAGGCCAGUGGACAGAUGAAAGAUGCGUUGCCAGUUUGCCUUUCUUCUGUUACAGUGGUGAGCAAAUUCUAUAAAAUACACCUUCUAUAAUGAAAUAAAAGAAUAAACAUCAGACUAUUACACAAGAAGAUUUGGAUGUAUAUGUGGAUUCUGUAAAAUGAAAAAAUCUUAUCAAAAGUGUAACAUGCUAAAGAUUUGCUAAUGCUAGUCUUCUGUUUUCUUUUUGGUGAACAUGAUGACCAUCAUAUCAACACCUUUUCAGAUAAGUAUGGUAUGUUUGUGUAGAUAUGUGAUCCGUUUGUUUCUUUUGUUAUCAAUAAUCUCAAAACAUAAUGUUAAUUGUCAAACUUUAGUACAUACGUGUAUGAAUUAUGACACCUGAAAUGUUUUGUAUUUUUUAUUUAUUGAUCAGUGAUGGGAAUCCGAGUAAAAGUUACAAGUCUAGAAAAUUUGUCAAAGUCUCAGAUUGAAGCGCUUGUCAUUAUACAGGUAAGUAACUCAACAGUCACAAUCAUUAAUUUGCCAACAGCAAUGAAAAUUGAUCCUUUUUUUUUACAUAAACAUUGUAUUAUAUGCAGUAUAUUAUUCAGUUGAUUGAUACUACAUAUAACUUUCUAUAUAUAAACUUCCUAUAAAAGGGCAACAGUGCAAUAAAUACUUUAAAAAUGUAAUAAAUUAAUGAUAAUUAAAUGAUAUGACUGAAUAACAUGAACAUGGUUUGUCAUAAAACUCUUAUAUUUUCAGUUAAAAGAAGAGCUGAUAAAACUCGGACUUCCCAACAACAUCACCACGCGUUUGAGAGACUAUCGUAUGAUCAAUCCCUGAUGUAGGAGGAAAGCGUUUUGCAGUUUCUAAUAAUACACUUGUGGGCUCAAUACUUAAUACUUAAAACUUAAUCAAGCAUUAUACUAUAAUCUAUAAAGACUUUUACAAAUGAAUGAUCCAGAUUUUGUUUUUCCAAUAUGUUAUGUCAUUGACAUGUGUUGUUUAACGGACCAAGUAAAUCAGUGAAGGGGGUUAUAUAAAAAUACUAACAAUGAAUGUAGCUUGAUUUUCAUUGUCAGAAUGAUGGAAAAUUAUAACAUACAGUACAGAACAAUGUACUCGUUAUGCUGAUUUUUUACAUUAAUGUGAUAUGAUUUAAAUAUGAUCUAUGUAAGAUGAUGAUUUUGUUAAGUUUUGCAUAAUAUGGUACUAAAUGUGUCAGUAAAGUUACUUAAAGUUUGA